AAUGAUGCAAUCUCAUGUCUUACUGCAUUUUCGUAAUUAUCUUUAAUGGCCUUGUUUGCUUCUGAAAUAAGAACAUGAUAGGUAAGUAGAGGUAGGUUGACGAAAAAACUAAAUUGUGGAUGGCUACUGCACAACACAACCCCAACUCUAUCUCGCUAGGUAUGUAGGUAGGUACUGAUUGCAUCACAGCUGCUUUCGCUCGUUUGAUUUUUAUCAAGCUGUAGGAAUCCUCCAGGUAGUGUAUAUAUGCACUUACUAUAUAGUUUAUUCAUCUGCGUAAAGAAUUCUUUCCCAUUGAUAUUUAUGUAACAUGUCUUCUCGCAUUCAUCAUCAGCUCCCCCUUUUUGCCCUAGUUGAACUUCCGGCCGGUCGGUUUGUUUCGCAGGACCUUUAAAAUUAGUUAAGUACUUAUAUUUUUUUUCAUUGUUUACUGAUGUGAUAAUUUUUAUAUUUGCAUACUGGCAAGAAAUUUAUCAGAUAUUGUACGUGAAUAUAUUUAACUACCUUAAUAUUGUUCCUAUAUAUAACCCUACAAUACGUACUUUAGUGCUCUUAUUCUAGAAUCUACGUAUAUAAACUUAAGUGAACAUAAGGAAAUACCUAUAUGAUAAUUACAAGAUCACAUACCGUCAGGUAAGUCGGGUAGUUUAUUAUCAUUGUCUUCCUCAUUUUCCUCUAAAUGGCAUGCGACUUCCAUCUUACCUUGUAAUUGUAAGAAGUAGAAAAUAAUAAUUAUCCAUAAAAAGUUACACUCGGAAAGUCUAUUGAACAUAACUACGAAGUGUACGUAUUUGUGUACAAAUUUAGCUUUGAGAUAUUAAUCCAAACAAAACCAAUGUUUUCUGUAAGUUUUAUUUUAUUUUAUUUAUUUAAUAACUUAAAACCUAUCAUUACAGCUUCUCCAAUGCGAUAGGCAAGCAAAUAAGUUAGGUUUAUUGCCCAAGUGUAAUUAAAAUUUUGCUAUAAAAAUCGUCUGCGGAUGUUAUCGAUCGGUCGUUAAAAUCUUAGAUGCAGGAAUUUCGAUUAACCUUAGCUAACAUCAAAAUAUUUAAAUACUAUCGUAUGUUUUUGCUAUAGUAAACGUAUUUUAAUUUAUUAAAAUAACGAUAUAACACAGUGCCAUGUAUAUUUGGCUGUGUCUAGCCGCAGCGCUAGUACUAAAUAACUGUGUGAUGUGUUUCGAUGAUGUACCAGAAAAAUUACAUAGAUAUUUUAAGAGUGGUAAGCAAACAUACUUAUUACAUUAUAUGUAUAUACUGCGCUGCAAAAAUACAUAUAAGAAAGCGCGAAUCCAUAGGAGACAUAAUACUAUUCUGAUUUCCCGGUAUAUCUGAAAACACGGCAUAUACCUACGCUUAUAAGCUGUUAAUUUUAUUUUAUGGUUUUCUGAUUUGAAGGGUGGCAUGCCAUCGGCAUCAUCAAAGCGUUAAGUCGUGGUUAGCAUAUCAUCAACCUCUACCUGCCUUCGGGUAAAUCGCUGAUAAAUUUCCUAACUGUAUUAUAUAAUUUACAGAUAUUGUCAAGACAAUUUCUGCAGAUAAAGUCAACGUGCAGAUGAGACAGAAGUAUGAAUCUUUGAUACGCGACAUGCUGGUGACCGGCGUGGACUACCGAAUGAUCCCUCGGGACGACAACAAGAAGCUCAUAUCUCGGGGGUUCCUCGUCAACGAUGGAUCUGUUCAUCUCCUAAUGCACAACAUGACUCUUCGCGGCGUCCGCCACUCGUCCUUCCUCAACAACGUGGCGCUGAGCGUGGCCUACAACCACCUGGCGCUGCGCGGCGCCGUGGUGAAGAUGUUCCUCGACACCGACUACUUCCUGUUCCGCCCGCAGUCUCAGGUCCAGCUCUGGGCCGGGGAGAAGUCCGCGGAUCAGUACUCGCCGUUUAACUUGGACCAGGUGCAGCCGAAAGGGAAUUUCACGAUUAUAGCGCAAAACUGUAAGAUUACGGGUAAAGUAUUCACGAAGCUCGACGACCCUUCCAUAGCGCUCGGGCACAGCGAUUUCAGAUUGGAUGACUGCAAGUUUGAUGUUGAGGUUUCAACUCCAGGACAAGGGAUUGCACCGGUGAUGGCACCUUAUUUCCACGGAGAAAAAAGCGCGGAGCUGGCACGACUCUUCGGCGUGGUCUUCGGGGACAUCCUCACGCUGCGCAUGCAGCUCAUCAUCUACUUCUUCGUACUCAUCGAAGAUAUUAUAAAGAUAGGGGAUGUCAAACAGUUUAGUUCUGAACAAGAGAGCUUAUUGAAGUAUAGUGCAGAUUUCAUGAAUGCCGUAGUAAAUCAAGCUGAUGCCACCAUUGCGAAUAAAAUGAGUACAUAUGGACUACCGGAUUUACAUAUUUUCGUUAAAGAUCAGGCUAACGGAAAACCAACAGUAUUUGAGGUAUCCCUGACGAACAUCGUGGUGAACGGCUUAGACUCGAUGUACUCCGCCAACUCCGGGGGGCCCCAGCUGUACCUGCAGAAUGUGAUGAUCACUGAAGCCAUUAUGUUCCACUCUUUGACGGUAAAAGGUCUCAUAGAGUUGGAAAAACAAGAAGUAAGGGGUAACUACGAAUAUUUCGUUGAAAUGAAAGACGUCCGGGUGGAUGUCUCUAUUGAUUUUGGUGGCAAUCCGAAAUCCGCAGUCACUGUAGAAACAGCUCGCUUCGUCGGAUGGAAGACACUGGACCAUUCAAUUUUAAUAUUAGAACCGGGCAAUAAAAGACGUGAAAUGUUAAAUGCAUUGAUUAUAGCGCAUCUAUCCCAAGAAUUGCCCAACAUUUUAGAACAUCAUGUCAAAAAAACGCUACAAGAUUCUAUCACGGCUAUGUUCAGGAAACAAAAAAGUCCGAAACCAAUUAAAACCACAGCUAAAACCCAACCGAUGAAUACAAUGAAUACUAAGAUACCUACAAAGAAGUAUAGAUCAGAAAUAGUAACUGAAUAUACGGAUUUGAAAACUGACAAAUGUGAUGAGAAAAAUAAUGUUGAUUUCGUGGAUGAGUCUGAAACUGCAGUGGAGCAAGCAGCACCAGUUACGAUUGACCAAACAGAUGUUGAUGAAAAUGUUGUAGAUGGGUCCACAGAGUGAGAAGAAGACCACAGCAAUAUUGUGCGCAGACGCAACCCAAAACAUACCAAUCUUUAAUUACUAAGAUAAAAUGUUGGUUCCCUAAA